AGCGGAAGUUCCCCUGAGGAAGACGGUAGUCAUGGCGGAGUUCGGUUCGGGUGGUCUGCUCGUGGCUCUGCUGCUCUUCACAGCCCUCACCUUACGGGAUAUUUAUGUGGGCCGGUCGGACCACAGAACCGGCGUCUUUGCAGAAACCGAACCGGUGAGCGGGAAACCCCCCAAAGCGGCGCUGUACUCCGGCCCAGUGCUCCAGUUCCGCUACUGCAUCUCCUGAGGCUACAGUAAAGUUUUCCAGGAAUACUCCCAGGCCAUCAGCCAGGUGUAUCCAGACAUCCGCAUCCAGGGGGAGAACUACCCCCCGACCCCGCUCAACAGGCUCAUUGGUAACCUGGUCUCCUACCUGAAGCUCGUCUCCAUCCUCCUCAUCAUCAGCGGUCAGAACCCUUUCCCGCUCCUCGGUACCGGCACACCUGCAGUUUGGACCUGGACUCAGAACAACAAGAUCUUCUCGUGUCUGAUGGCCUUCUUCAUCAGUAACAUGAUGGAGACUCACUUCCUGUCUACGGGAGCCUUCGAGGUCACGCUGAACGACGUUCCCGUGUGGUCCAAGCUGCAGUCGGGUUACGUUCCGAACAUCCAGGAAAUGUUCCGGAUCCUCGACACUCACCUGAAGAUGAACCAGGCCGACCGCGUCACCUUCACCUCCGCUUAGAGCCGCGCCUCCUUCUCCUGGAUCAUCUGACCUCUGACCUGUACCUGAGCCGUGCUGCGUUCAGGCUCAGUGGGACGUUCAGUUGUUGGCGUUCAUGAAGGCGCGGCCUUAAAGCGGAUCUGCCGGGCUGCGCCGGAUGUCUCCGCCUCCAUGCUGACUCCCAUGAUGCACCGGGCCAGCAGCUUUCGUGGACGACGGUCACAUGACCCCUCGUUCUCUGUUCCUCUGUUGUCAUUUUUUAUGUUCUUGGUUUAUGGAUCCAGUCGGCCGGUUCUGGUACCACUGGACCGGUUAUUUUCUUCCAACAAUCAUCUUUUGUUUUAUUUAAAGUUUGAGCUUUUAUUGUGAAAACAGGAAGCUGAUCACAACAAUCUUAACGAUCAGCUGAUGGAUUGUUCACUUCAGCUCAAAUAAAACGUCUUAAAGAAAA